AUGGCACAGAUAACAGCUCCACUACGUCAGUUGCUGGAGAAAAAUGUCGAAUGGGUUUGGGAUCAAGAGCAAAGACAAGCGUUUACAACUUUAAAGGCAGCGAUUGUCGAUCCACCAGUCCUCAAAUUCUUUGAUCAGAAACAAUCCGUGUGCUUGUCGGUUGAUGCCAGCUCGAAAGGUAUGGGUGCAGUGCUUCUUCAAAAUGAUCGUCCAGUAGCGUAUGCGUCGAAAGCGUUAACUUCAUGUCAGCAGAACUACUCACAGAUUGAAAAAGAAAUGCUUGCAAUAGUUUAUGGUUGUGAGCAUUUCCAUCAAUACCUAUACGGGCAACGCGAAGUAAUCGUGGAAAGUGACCAUAAACCGUUAGAAGCAAUACUAAAGAAAUCCAUCCAUCAAGCUCCGCUUAGAUUGCAGAGAAUGAUACUUAGACUUAAACCUUAUGCGAUUAAAGUGAAAUAUACGCCUGGGAGUCAGUUGUUGAUAGCAGAUGCUCUUUCUAGAUCACAGAUGUCUGCACAGAUAAACGAUCCAUCAGAUGAAUUUGAAGUCAAUGUUCUGGAAUGGGGUCAGAUGUCUGAGACUAUGUUUGAGAAGUUGGUUGAGGAGACUAAGAAGGAUGCUGAACUUCAGCAGUUGCACAGAGUAGUCAUGGAUGGUUGGCCACCGACAAAGCCUGAAACGCCCUUAGAAAUUCGACCUUAUUGGAGUUACAGAGAUGAAAUAAGCGGUUAUGAUGGCUUGAUGUUUAAAGGAGAUCGUGUAAUUGUUCCACAUGUUCUUAGACCAGAAAUGCUGGAUCGGAUACAUGCAGCUCAUUUGGGAAUCGAGAAGUGUAAAGCACGGGCGAGAGGUUCAGUGUUCUGGCCUGGAAUGAAUAGUGCAAUUGAUGAAAUGGUGUCAGAAUGCAGAACAUGUUUACAAUUUCAGCGAAGGAAUCAGAGGGAGCCGUUGAUGCCGCAGGAAAUUCCAGAGAGGCCGUGGUCAACCGUUGCAGCGGACAUAUUUUAUUAUAAAGGAAGAGACUAUUUAUUGGUAGUCGAUUAUUUCUCGAAGUAUCCUGAAGUAACAAGGAUAAAUCACAAGAAUAGUGAAGCCGUCAUCUUGGCAAUGAAAGAAAUGUUUGCCCGUCAUGGCAUUCCAGAAAAAAUUAUAGCUGAUAAUAUGCCUUUCAACAGCCUUAGAUGUAGAGACUUUGCUAGAGAGUGGGAAAUUGAGGUGGUGACAAGCAGCCUACACUAUCCGCGUUCAAAUGGGCUCGUGGAAAGAAACGUUCAGACAAUUAAGCGUCUGUUGAAAAAAUCAAAUGAUUCGAAACAAGAUGCAUUUUUAGCCUUGUUGGAGUUCCGUAAUUCUCCAAUUAGUGGUAUGGAACAAUCGCCUGCAGAACUGUUGAUGAGUAGAAAAUUGAGAGCUAAGUUACCAAUUCCUAAGCAUCUUCUUAAACCUAAGUCACAGCCAAUCAACGAUGUUCGCCAGAGAUUGCGAGUACGUCAGUUGCGUCAGAAAGCAGCAUAUGAUCAGGGAACGAAACAGUUAUCCAGUUUACAGCCAAACGAGUCGGUGAGGAUUCGACAGGGAGGCGUAUGGAAUCCAGCCGUGGUCGUUGAACAACAUAAAUCACCUCGUUCGUACAUUGUGGCAACUUCAAAUGGAACUCAGUUACGCAGAAAUCGCCAGCAUCUAAUGCCAACUAACGAACCACCAAUGAAUAUUACACCACCAAUGGAACCUGUCGGCGAAGAAGAACGUUGUUCAGGUAUAGCUCCGAGUACCGUACGUUCAUCAGUCCGUUCUCCAGUUAUAUUCCCGAGUACAGAAAUAGAGGAAGAACACGUACGAACACCAUUGGGAAGAAGUACAAGAAUUCGAAGGGCACCUUCCCGAUUGAUUGAGAACAUCUAG